UUGGUCAGUAGUUUUUAGCUGUGUGUGUUAGAACCAUGUCUGUCAAGUCUCGUGCUUCACCAGUGGUCAGAGCUGGACUCUUGCAGACAGGCAUGCUCAGGGGUGGUUCAGACACCUGGACAGGUGGCCAGUGGUCAAGAAGGGUGUGGGACAGAGAGACUGGUCAGAUGGAUAACACACCUUAACUCAUCCUCCACCGUGUGAUAUAGAUCAUAAUGCACCUGGUUGAUAAAACUUAUAACACCUUGUAUGAUAAAAAAAGUCCUAUGUACCUUGUGAUAUAGGCAUUUUAUCUUUUGAUCAGAUUCUUAUAAGAAAUGAUGGUUGAGUUUUAGUGUUGAUCCUGUCUGGUUAAAAGCAUGUUGGCAGAGGGUGUUUUUCUGGUUCAGGAGAGUGGAUGUGCAAGGGUGUGAUGAGGACUGAUUGAAUGGGACAACUCGUGAAGUAAACCUGUGUUUAACAGCUUUCCAAUUUCUUGUGUCCCCCUGCCUCCCCCACCCUCUGUCCCUCACACCUCUACCCCAGGGGAUGACUGGUCUCUAUUCUGGAACACAGGGAUUGUCAUUCGAUGGAUGUGUAUGUGUGAGCUUCGACAGUGACGACAGUGGAUGUGUAAAGUAUCUGCCAAUCAAGGGAUGGAGUCCAUCUCCUGGCUUACCUUCAGUUUUCUGCUCUUGGAACUGAUAUGUCUGCUGUUGCAUAGUGGCCACUGUGAAGCCCUUGUCCAUCUGCCUGCAGACUACUCUGUGGUGUAUCCAUCCCAGGUUGAUGUGAACGGAAACCUACUGUCUGAUGAUCCUGCCCAAACUGUCCGCCAUCGUCGCAGUGCUGAUCCUGGGACAGUCCGAGACCUGUACCUCAACCUCACAGGAGAUAGCAUCCAUUUUCAUCUCAAACUCAGUCUCAACAGGAAGCUGCUAGCGCCAGGGUUCAAGGUAUAUCACCGGAAACCCUCCAACUUGAGUCAUGUGGACACUGACAGCGUGUCUGGUGCUGAGUCGGACUGCAUGUAUCGGGGGAAGGUUCUGUCACAUGACGACUCCAUGGCAGCAUUAUCGCUCUGUAAUGGUGUGACUGGAAUCCUGCGCCUGCCUGAGGAAGACUAUGUGGUUGAGCCUAUGCCUGCAGCCAUCAGGAAGGGAGAUAACUCAGGGACCAAACUACCUCACAUCAUCUACAAGACUGACCAUCUCCCUCAUCAUAAUCUGCACAACCACCAGGCCAGAGACUACACAGAUUCCAUAGAUGACAUUGCUGACUUCUACCCAUUCUCUAGACAAGACCCCGAGAAACAGCAGCAUCGUGAACGUCGCUCCCCCCACCAUGUGUACGGCAGCCCACAUGACCGAACGGUGGAGACCCUGGUGGUGGUGGACAAGGCCAUGUUCUGGAAGCAUGGCCGAGACAACAUCACUACCUACGUCCUCAGCAUCUUCAAUAUUGUGUCAGAGUUGUUCCAGGACACCAGUAUCGGCAACCAGGUGGACAUCGUGCUGGUCGGCCUAGUACUGCUGGAGGGGGAUGAGCCUGGCCUGCAAGUCAACUUCCAUGCUGACCACACCCUUAACAGCUUCUGUCAGUGGCAGUCAGUUCUCAUCAGCUCCAGCGGUAGUAAUCACGACCAUGCCAUUCUCCUCACUGGCAUGGAUAUCUGCUCCUACAAGAAUGCUCCAUGUGAUACUCUUGGUUUUGCUCCUAUCAAAGGGAUGUGUAACCCCUUGCGUAGCUGUGUGGUCAAUGAAGACACAGGACUUGCCACAGCCUUCACCAUUGCACAUGAGAUUGGACACAACUUUGGAAUGUUCCAUGAUGGGGAGGGCAACUUCUGCAAGAGGACAGCUGGUAACAUCAUGUCUCCCACCCUCACUGGUCAGAAUGGACUCUUCCAAUGGUCAUCUUGUAGCAGAGGUUAUCUCCAUAAAUUCCUAAACACAGUUCAGUCACAGUGUCUGACUAAUGAACCUCAGCGAGUAGCAGAGCUCAAAUUCCCAGAAAAAUUGCCUGGUCAGCUGUUCAACGCAGACAUCCAGUGCAAGUGGCAGUUUGGUCUCAGUGCCCGAGUAUGCACAUUUGACUUUGGCAAGAGAGAGAUCUGCAAGAGCCUGUGGUGCUUCAAGGGCGAUACCCUGUGUGAGACCAAGUUCCUUCCUGCUGCUGAAGGAACAUCAUGUGGCUCUGAAAAGUGGUGCCGCCAUGGCAAGUGUGUGAAGUAUGGCAAUGAAGGGCCGCAGCAGGUUGAUGGCGACUGGUCAACAUGGAGUGAGUGGACUACAUGUACUCGCAGCUGUGGGGGUGGCAUCAAGCAUCGGUCCAGGCAGUGUAAUAAUCCUCUGCCCCAGUAUGGUGGGAAGACAUGUGGUGGUGAGCGGGAGAUGUCCAAGAUGUGCAGUCUGCAGGCGUGUGGGCGUGGCAGCAAAGACUUCCGCACAGAGCAGUGUGAGGUGUACAACCAUGAGUUGUUCCGCGGACACUACUACCAGUGGGUGCCCUACAAGGACGUCAAGAACAUUGAUGACCAGUGCAAGCUCUACUGCCAGGCCAAGGAUUACAACUUCUUCUUUGCCAUGAGUGAUGAGGUGAAGGACGGCACCCCAUGCAGCGACGACACCGACGACAUCUGUGUCAAGGGCAGCUGCCAGCCGGUAGGUUGUGAUCUGGUUGUCAAGUCGCCAGCCAGGUUGGACCGAUGUGGUGUGUGCAAGGGAGAUAACUCAACUUGUGAACUCAUGACUGGAUCAUUCAAGGAGCAGCCAAAACACAAUACCUACUACCCGAUCGUGGUUCUCCCUAAAGGGGCCCGGAGCAUCAGCAUCCAGGAGGAGGAGGUCUCCCCCAACUACCUUUCUCUGAAGAACAUCUAUGGCCGAUACUACCUCAAUGGCAAGUGGAAGCUGGACUGGGCUGGGAUACACAAGAUUGGUGGAACACGCUUCACCUACAAACGACCCUAUGACCGCCCAGAAAGUCUCUACAGCCAGGGACCGCUCCAAGAGGAUCUGGUGUUGGAGAUCCUGGUGCAGGGUCAAAACACAGGAGUGCGGUAUGAGUACACCAUGCCCAAGAAGGUGGCGCGGCCCACCCCAGCACCCCCCUCCCACAACUACACUUGGACCGUGGUGCUGACGUACUGCAACCAGCAGUGUGCAGGAGGUGAGCAGACUGCAUCAGCCAAGUGCAACCGCAAUGAUCAGGAAGAAGUGAACCCUCGAUACUGUGACACUCGGGGGAAACCCCGCACAGGAACCUUCCCCUGCAACACCCAGCCGUGUGCGCCAAGGUGGGAAGACGGCCCAUGGGGCAAGUGCAGCAAGAGCUGUGGUGGUGGAGUUCACAAGAGGAAGGUUGUCUGUAAACAGAAGAUGUCUGCUACCCUGGACAAGAAGAUCAAACCCCGUCUCUGUACUCGGUCCUCUAAACCAGCCCGCAGACAGCGUUGUAAUACUCAGGAAUGUCCUCCAAAAUGGAAGAAGGGCAAGUGGUCCUUUUGUUCAGCGACUUGUGGCAUUGGUGUCAAGAAGAGGGAGAUAACUUGUCGCAGCAAGACACUACAAGGCCAGGUGCUACUGCCAGACAGUAUGUGUCAGCAGAACCCUCGGCCACGGAGCUCCAAAAGGUGUCGUCGUUCUGAAUGUCCAGUGGUGCCUCAACUUCAGUGGGCUGUCACGUCAUGGGGUCAGUGUUCGGUGACGUGCGGUAGCGGCACAAAGCGUCGAGAACUGCGCUGCAGCAAGAGUAAUAGGGUCGGGAGGUUCCACACUGUAGACUUCCACCAGUGCCGACACCUUGCCCGCCCCAACAUCACCCUGCACAACGACUGUCAGGUGGGGGACUGUGUACGACAAUCCUCGCCAGAGUGGCACUCAUCGUCAUGGUCACAGUGCUCGGUGACUUGUGGUAGCGGGGAGGAGACUCGACUGGUGCACUGCAUCAACCGCCACCUCAGGAAACUGUCGACCGGAUGCGACACUGGCCAGAAACCGUUGGUCAGGAGGCAGUGUCACAAACAUCCCUGCCCAACACCAGACCCUGCCUGUCAGGAUGAGUUCACAUGGUGUUACAGAGUUCCUAUACACAAGAUCUGUGGGCAUGAGUUCUACGGAAGCAAGUGCUGCCACUCCUGUAGAGGGAGCUAGCACACAUCGUUAUGAAGAACUCUUAUGAGAGACUGGUAUCAAGGGAGAUAACUCACAAGAUGCUUAAAGGAAGAUUACUCAUACCACAGAUGUUGAAUCUUAUACGCUUCACAAAUCAUUGUUUGAGAAUACUCUCAGAUUCUGAACAACAUCAUGUAACUAAACUCAAACUGCCUCAGACGCUCAGCUUUUUGAAACAACAUUGAUGUUGUCAUGAAGUUACACGUGUUCCACAAACCAUGAAUGUUAUAGGAUUGUGUCAAGUUACAUUUUUGAACUUGAACUUUUUAUUGACUCAGGACACUUUAAUCUUUGUGACUUUGGCGAUCCAUUGUCCCAUCCAUGGACUGGAAUCUUUAAGAAUAUUGCAUUUAGCUGUUGGAAGAACGUCACAUAUUGCAGCCCUUAGCUUCAUUUCACAGACGCCUCCGGACACUAAACAUGACUUCAAACCUU